UUUCAAGCUCCAGAUUCUUCAAUCAGACUCUCUUGUGACCGUUGCGUCCUCAGUCUUCUUCUCUCUCUCUCUCUCUCUAAAGUCUAAACCAUGAAGACCGCUUUCUAAACCACUCUCUCUCUCUCUCUCUCUCUCUCUCUCUCUCUCUCUCUCUCUCUCUCUCUUGACAGCAAAAGGCAUCCGAAAGAAGUCAGCUGUAAAAGCAGCUAAUCAUGGGGUGCUUUCCAAAAUGUUUCACUAGUUGUAAGCGCCGAAAGCUCAAAAAAUCAGUCACCGUGACUCCAUUUAAACACCAACAAAGCUUUGAAGGUACUGAAAAAGUUGUUCAAAUUCAACAUGCUGAACCCACUAAGCUAGAAGACGUUUUGGAAGCCAUUAAACUCACCAAAGAAUCAAAAGAGGAGGAGAAUGAAGAACAAUCAAAGAAUGAUGCCAAAAAGAAAGUUACGUUUGAUUUGAAUACCAAGGUCCAUCAUGAAGAAUCAUCUACCACUACCAAGGAAGUCACCAAUAGCUUGGUGGAAAGCUCCGAUGAGAAACAGGAAAUACAAAAAGAGCUGGGACCGAUUCUGGGUUCCAUUAUAUCAAGCGUAGCACCAUCUCAUCCGUUAAACAAAAGAUACGAAAAUUGCGAAAACAAUGAGGAUGAAUAUGAAGAUGUGGUGGACUUAGAUGGAAGUGAUUUGGAUGCAGCUGAUGAUUAUGAACAAGGACAUGUCGAUGAUGAGUUUGAUAGUAAGCAGCAAAUCUCAAUUCAAGAAGAGUCUUCCGAAUCAUUGUUUUCGCUAUCGAUAGAUUCCAGGAAACAAGUUUAUGAUGCUGAAAUAGAUGAGAAGGAGGUCAACAGUCCAAUGCCAAAGCUCAGUGCCUCUAACCAGGAAGUUAAUCUAAUAGGAUCAAACCAAAAUGCUAGGGAUCAAUCAGUGCUGAAGCCCAUUGAAAAUCUUACUCAAUGGAAGGAGGUCAAACAGAAAGCAACUUCCACAGCUUCAAAGCACCAAGAGAAGGAGAACAUAAAUACAGAGCAAGAUUGCUAUGUACCCUUUAGCCCAGAGCCUACUUUAAAGCUGUCAAAACACUGCCCCAGGCCAAAGUCCGAUGACCAGGGAACUGGGGUUGACACUAGCCUUUCAAGCUGGUUGGUUGAAUCUGAGACCACGCCCAAGUCCAAUGCCAGUAACAAUUCUGUGGGGAACAACUCACUCUGUGAGAGAGUGAUAAACUCACCCGGAAGCCGCGAAGAUAGGCCAAUUUUAGGAGCUUGGACAACUGAAGAGAUAAAACAGUUGUCUGCUUUUUCUACCCCGAGACGGUCGCGAAGCCCAAGUCCGGACCAGAUACCGAUCAUAGGCACUGUUGGGAGCUACUGGUGUCAUACUGGUCAGACCAUGGAUUCGGACUCAAGCUCUUCUUGCAGCGGAAUGCCAAGAACAGCAGGGAGAAACAGAGAGCAGGGAGAAACAGAGAGGAUCCGAAAGUGAAAUGGAAGUCUACUGCAUUUGAGGCAAAAUUGGAGAGAGCUUUAGACAUGGGUCUACUUGAAGCUUAGCUACAAAUUAUAGCAAUGGUGUCUGAGAUGGGAUAUUCAGUAUUUGUGAUAUUCAUGUAAUUUUGAAUUCCAGGGGUCUAAAUUUUAAUCCGGUUGUCUGCUAGAUAUUUAUGUAAUAUUGUUAUUUUUCUAAUUGUUUUUUCAUAAGGAAAUUAUCUUACAUUCAAUAUUUAACUAAUUAAGAAAUGAAAAUUUCAACUAAUAAAUAAACUAACAGAGACGAACUCGUCAGGGAAAUACAAAAAUUGAACAUGCGUAAAAUGGUCGAAUCAAUUGAAGGUGCAAUUUGUACGUCAGUAUAAGAUCGACCUGUGACAACUCAUGAAAAAUAUGUAAUGACUAAAACAAAGAAAUUUUCUUACAUGGGAAGGCAAAAGCUAAAAAUCUCUGUAAUACGGUACUAGAACAAAAUACUCAAUACAUCAUUCUUCCAUUUUCCCCCCAAGACUACAGUUUACCCAAGAGACGAUACAACAUUUAUUUGUUUUGACAGUAAUCACUCCCCUAUCUUUGCCUUAUAUUUGAAUCAGUUACAAGAUCCUCUGAAAGGGAAAUGUGCUAUUUCUCCUUUGAUUUUUUU